AUAUUAGCGAAAAGCUGAACCUUUUUAUGCUGUCAUAAAUUUCUCUCUGCAAAAAAUGGAUUAAAGUUGUGAAGAGUGUGUGGUAGUUUUAAAAUGCAAUUUAUAUAAUUGUAAUACCCUCGCAUGUUUGAAAUUGCUAUCAGUGCAAACCUCAUCAAAAGAAAUGUCGGUACAGUUAGUAGAUUCCUGUGGAAAAGAUGAUUUGAAGACCCAGUUUGUGACUCGCGAAGGCGAGUAUAGAUUGAUGACGCUGUCGGAAUACUCACGGCCAAAUCGUGUUGGAUAUCAAAAUAAUCAGAGUAACCCUCAGGUGAGGGUUUCUUUGGUGACACUUCCAUCUCAGCAGACAUCCCAGCAAACAGUUGUUGAAAAUGGCAACAAUCAAGGCGGAAAUACCGGAAAUACAAACCCUGUUCCAUCAACGAAAUUCGGAUGCGCGACGACAAAUGAGACCUCCAAUAAUCGAGAUCAGACACAUAGUAACAUCACUGGUGGAUUAUCACCCAGCUGUUCUACGCCCAUCGGAGGGGACAGAAUAUGCUUCAAUUAUGGAAAAGAGCUGUAUGUUUAUGCAUAUCGUGGAGUGAAAAAGGCUUCGGAUUUGAGCAAACCUAUCGAUAAAAAAUUGUACAAAGGCACAAAUCCUAGCUGUCACGAUUUUAAUGCAGCUGCUGCUACGUACGAAGGUGCUCCACUUCUUGUGGGAUUUAGCACAGGACAGAUACAGUUGGUUUAUCCUGGAAGGCGAGAACAAGGAAAGCUGUACAACGAAGAGAGAUUAAUUGAUAAGACGAAAGUUACCUGUUUGAAAUGGAUACCUGGCUCCGAAAACCAUUUCUUGGCAUCGCAUGUCAGUGGUUGCUUGUAUGCUUAUAACGAAGAACUGCCAUGUACACCCACUACGCCAAGUUAUCAGCCUUAUAAAUGUGGCGAUGGUUACAUUAUCCUUGCAUGUAAAUCAAAAUCAACGCGAAAUCCAUUGUUCAAAUGGUGCUUUGGUCAGCAAGAAAAUGCCAGCAUAAAUGAGUUCUGUUUUUCACCAUGUGGUCAACACUUGGCAAUCGUCUCGCAGGAUGGGUUUCUUCGAGUCUUCCAUUACAGUAACAUGGAGUUAAUUGGAAUAGCACGAUCGUAUUUCGGUGGUUUUCUAUGUGUAUGUUGGAGCCCAGAUGGAAAAUAUGUUGUUGUUGGUGGGGAAGAUGACCUCGUCACUGUAUAUUCCUUACUUGAACAACGCGUUGUUGCGAGAGGGCAGGGUCAUCGCUCGUGGGUAUCAGUUGUUGCUUUUGAUCCGUACACGACAUCUUAUUCAAAUUGGAACGGGGACGACUUUUCGGACGAUGAUAACCCAAUAAAUGAUGGUUUUAAGAACUGCUAUAGCAACAACAAACAUGCAGGAGAAUCAACGACAGCUACUUCUGUACGCCGUCCAACUUCAGCUUGUAGAAAUACCGUUUCUACGUCGGAAAAACUUGCCACGUGUUACAGACUGGGCUCGGUGAGUCAGGAUACCCAGCUAUGUUUGUGGGAUAUUACAGAGGACGUUUUGCGACAGUCUAUAGGGCACCUAAGUCGCAAUUUAAGUUUAGCGGAACACACACCUUGUAAUGCAAAAAGUGAAUUUUCAAAUAGUGCAAAUAAUAGUAGUAGUGGACAAAUAGUGACAUCUCAUAAGGACUCAUCUAAAUCGAUAGCUAACGCAUCUUCAAUAGAGGAUAAAGACACAGUGGAUAACGCUAAUUAUAACAUGAAAAAAAUAUCUGUAACUAGUAGUAAUAUAAAUACUGCUAUAAAUUGUGAUGAUAGUUAUAGCAACAAUAGCAGUGGAAAAGGUUCAACAUCUAGCGUUGAUGGAAAGCAUGCUAAGAAUAGCGUAUCUAAAGAAAAUAAUGUUGUUAUAUCGAGUAAUAUAUCUGCCAUCAUUGGAUCUUCAAAUAAGAAAGAAAAAGAAAAUCACGGCGACAAAAACUCAAAAUAUGAUUCAAAUCAUCACCACCAGUCAACUUUUAAUUCAAUUACACAACGGUUUUCCAAUCUCGGAUUUGGAAACAGUGGUAACAAUAGCAGCAAUAACAGCGAGAAAAGUGAAAAAUCAGGCAAAAGCAGCAAAAGAAAUAUCAUAUCGCUUGCAGGCAAAUCCAGUAUCAGCAAUAACAUUCACGCUAGUUCAAAUAACAAUCAUUUCCAGCAUUCUAACUCUUUGAGCAACAACAGUCAAAUAAACAAUAACGUAGAUCAGACUGUUUCUACGUCCUCAUCUAGCAGCGGUGGAGGAGUAGUAGGAGGCGGAAGUAUAUCUAACACAAUAACAUCAAUUAUACCUGCAUCGCUAACGAAAAAUAAACGUAGCGAUGGUAAUGGGACUACAGCCAGCGGAACCAGCAUAGUUUCUUCGUACGAUCCAAUGAAAUUGAUUGGAACUCCGGCGUGCCCGAGAUUCGACGAUUGUCCAGUAUUAGAACCCUUGGUGUGCAAAAAAAUUGCACACGAACGACUAACGGCAUUAAUAUUUCGAGAAGAUUGUCUACUCACCGCGUGCCAGGAUGGAUUUGUAUACACCUGGGCAAGGCCUGGUUACAUCAAUCUGCCACAGCAUUUACCUCCAAGUCCUACGGCACCCCCCGGUGGCACGGUAGUUUGAGACCAUCAUUAGUCCAGAUUUUAAACGCAAAUGUACAUUUUAUUUACUAUAAUGAUUGUUAGGGACAUUUUAGUUGUUUUGUUUUUGCACGCAUGUUGAAAAAGCUUAAAAGUAUACGGUAAAGUGUCCUAAAUCAACGCAAUGUAGUAUUUUUAUUUAUCAAAAAAUUACCAAGGAAACUUCAUGAUGUGAUACAUAAUUUUGUUCGGUACUGUAUAAUAUAGAAAACUAAGCUAAGAGCAGGCUCUAUCUCAGUUGGAAAAUAAUAACAUGCAUUUAUAAAAAAUA